AUGCCAAGUACACAAAUUUUCCUUGUGCUAAAUUUUUGUGUGUGUUUUUUUUUCUUUUUUGUUAUAGAUUUAUGUAUAAAUAAAAACAUUUUUAUAACAAAUUACAAUAACUUGUUCAUUAACAAUAUUGAGCAACUAGAAAGAGGAAAGGGCAAAAAAAAAUUGUGUAUUCAUUUUAUAAGAACGAAUAAUAAAAAUUGUUAUCAAAAAACGUUCUGUAACAAUAUAUAUAAUAAGAAAUAUAUUGUAUUAAAAGCUAAAAAAUUUGAUCAAAAAGAAUUGAAAAGGAGAAAAAAUUACCAAUAUGCCAUGAAACAUAUGUAUGAUAAUAAUGGAAGAAGAAUAAAAGAUAUAAAUAAAGAAAAAAAAUCUUUAAAAAAAAAAAAACUAUUUGAUUACGACGGUUUUAAGGUAGAUAAAAUUUUCACGCAUCUUAGUGAAGAGGAUAUGCAAGAAUUAAGAGAAGAAGAGUUGAAAAGAAAAUCAGGAGAAAUUUUACAUAACAAUAAAUAUAUAGAUAACUACGGAGUAGAAACAGAAACUGAUAUAGAUAAUAUAUAA